AUGAGACAUUGGGAAGGAGAUGAGGUCCUCCUUGGUGACAGUGGAUAUCCAUUGCGGCCUUGGCUGAUGACGCCAUUUUUGAUCCCUAACACCCCCGGGCAACGACGAUAUAAUCAGUCUCACAAGAAAACUCGGUGUUUGGUUGAAAGGGGCAUCGGUCAAUGGAAAAGGCGAUUCCACUGUCUGCAUGGAAAACUGCGUCAUGCACCGGAGAAAGCCUGUGCAAUCAUUGCUGCGUGUGCAAUGUUGCACAACAUUGCUAUCGACAGAGCUCUUCCAGACUUCGAUCCAGCAGACAUGGAGGAUAUCGAACAUCAACCACGACCCGAUGAGGAUGGGAACGAUGAAGAGAAUAUUGUACCAUUUGCAGGUGUGAAUGCAACUGCUACAAGAGAUCACAUUGUCCAGCAACAUUUCUAA